ACACGCUCUGGCUAAUUAGUUUUCGCAACAGUCCGUUCCUCGCACCAACGCCAAAUACUCCAAAAAUGUCCGCCACCCUGCGCCUCCUCUGCCUGAUGGCCUGCUGCAUUGCCUUCGUCGUGGCCAGUCCGCAGCCCCAAUACGGCGGCUCUGGAUACGGCUCCAUUUACGGGGAUGUGGUCAAGGCCGCCGAGACGGCCGAGGCCCAGGCCGCCGCCCUGACCAAUGCCGCCGGUGCCGUCGCCUCCGCCGCCAAACUGGGCGGAGCCGACUGGCAAGCCCUCAACCAAUAUGGAUGGGAGCAGGGCAAGGAGCUCCUGGCCAAGCAGUACGGUCCCUUGGAACCGCUCUACGCUGCCGCCCUGCCACCACGCUCCUUCGUGGCCGAAAUCGAUCCAGUCUUCAAGAAGAGUCCCUACAGCGGAGCUUAUGGCGCGGGUGCGGUUCUGAACACGGAAUCCAAAUUGGGUGUUGUGGCUAUCUAAGAGCUAGGAUUGUUUAGCUCCAAGAGUGUUAAUAAAAAGUGAUAGCUUAAAGCAAAA